AACGUUAGUAUUCGGCGACUCACAAAGAAAAUUCUGUUUGAUGUAGUAAAUCAAACUAGUGCCAAAAAUACGUUUUUUUUAAGGAGUACUAUUUUUGGAAGAGAAAUUGUUCGAGCUUUUUGAAAAAAUUUGUAAAUAAUAAUUCUAAACAUUUGUGAACCGAGCGCGUGAAAAACAUUUUGAUCGCGCGAACUUGGUGAAACAUUAAUUGUUGACGUCUAAAUCUACGUAAACCAAACGAGCGGUGGUGCCAUGGCGUCCAGUGAUUCAAGUGAUUACAAAGAGGAAGAGUUGGAGGCCACCGAUAUCUUAUGCGUCUUCUGUGAGGACGUGCUGUCUGACGAGCAUCAGUUAAAGAAGCAUUGCGUCACUGGGCACAGUAUUGAUAUAUUUAAGGUUUUCGGCCAGUUAGGAGAUACUUUUCAUGUAAUUAAAGCAAUCAACUAUCUUCGAAAGAUACGACCUUCGCCUGAUGAAUUUAAUCAAUUAGCGAAAAAAUCGUCGCGGCCUUGGGAUCCUGAAGAAUUUCUUCAGCCUGUUGUUCCUAAUGAUCCUCUGUUGCUAAUUGACUUCGACGAUGCGUUCAUUAAGCAUUCAACUCACAUCGCCAAUACAGAUAUGAAUGACGUGGACAUUCUUAGGCAGAGCCUUCAGUUUGCCUGCGAGCGUAUUGCUCAUAUGCGGAAAACUGCGAGAGCAAUACUCGGUGAUGACGACGAUGGACCUUCGAAAACAAAAGGUGACCAUAACAGCAUGGUGAUAUCCUCGCUCAAAGUGAGCGAUGACAGAGACUACAUUGACUCGUAUUCGCACUGCGCCAUUCAUCAGGAUAUGUUGCAGGACAUCGACCGCAAUGAAGCAUACCGCCUUGGGAUUGUGGCCAAUAAAAAACAAAUUGAGGGAAAAACUUGUCUGGAUGUUGGUUGUGGAACAGGUAUUUUGUCAAUGUUUCUUGCCAGAGAGGGUAAGGCAGCUAAAGUCCAAGCUGUUGACUUUUCUGAAAUCAUCUAUACAGCAAUGGAUAUAAUUCAGGAGAACAACUACCAAAAUGUGGUGACGUUUAAAAAAGGGAAAUUUGAAGAUCUUGUUAGUAGAAGAGAUGACAUUGAUGGCCUUGUAAAGGUUGGUGUUAUCGUGUCAGAAUGGAUGGGCUAUUUUCUGUUAUAUGAAAGCAUGCUAGAUACCGUGAUCACGGCAAGAGAUACGCUUUUAGAGUCAAACGGAAUAAUUUUGCCCUGCAAAGCAUCCAUGUUUCUGACUAUCUCAGAUAAAAUCGAGCUCUAUGAAAGAAACGUUACUUAUUGGGAUAACGUAUACGGCUUCAAGAUGACUAGCAUGAAGAGACUGUCAUUGACCGAAUCUCUUGUUGAAAUUUGCCAUGACAAAGACAUCUGCGGAACUGAAGCUGAAUUUAAGAAGUUUGAUAUGUACACCGUAACUGUAGAGGAAACGGUCUCGUUUAGCUCGACGUUUGACAUUAUAGCCACACGGGACGCGAAGGUGGUCGCAUUCGUCGGUUACUUUAAUGUUUACUUCGACUCUGAUGAAAAGGUGGUGCUUUCUACUCGUCCGGUUUCUGUGAAGAUGGCAUCGACACAUUGGAAGCAAACGAUCUUUCUGUUACCCGGGCUUAUUACUUUAAAGAAGGAUGGACAUGUUCGAGGAACAAUACGGGUCAGAAGAAACCCAAAACAUCGACGAAGUCUCGAAGUUGACAUAGAACUGCAAAAUGGACCUGUUUUAAAGUAUACCGUGUGAUCUAGAAAAUCUAUAGUAGUAGAAAAAAAAAAAAAAAAA